ACUCCUCGACGAGGCUUGAUUCGACUCAUCCAAAUAUUUUUGUUCUGCGGGAUAUAUCCAGCUUUGGCUCUUCUCAUCCCAGCUCAUAGUUGAGCAGAAUCAUCUAAUAAAGCCUUCUAAUCAUCAUCAUCUUCCUUCAUCUUGAACCUUUCUUACAACGUCCUCAUCACCUUCACCCUGUCGCAACAACAAACAAUCCAAAAUGCCCAUCUCCAAGAUCCACGCUCGCUACGUCUACGACUCUCGUGGCAACCCGACCGUCGAGGUUGACGUUGUUACUGAGCUCGGCCUUCACCGCGCCAUUGUCCCCUCUGGUGCCUCCACCGGCCAGCACGAGGCUUGCGAGCUCCGCGAUGGUGACAAGACCAAGUGGGGUGGCAAGGGUGUUCUCAAGGCCGUCCAGAACGUGAACGAGGUCAUCGGCCCCGCUCUCAUCAAGGAGAACAUUGACGUCAAGGACCAGUCCAAGGUUGACAAGUUCCUCAUCGACCUCGAUGGCACCCCCAACAAGACCAAGCUCGGCGCCAACGCCAUCCUCGGUGUCUCGCUCGCCGUUGCCAAGGCCGGUGCUGCUGAGAAGGGCGUUCCCCUUUACGCUCACAUCUCCGACCUUGCUGGCACCAAGAAGCCCUAUGUCCUCCCCGUUCCCUUCAUGAACGUCCUCAACGGCGGUUCCCACGCUGGUGGCCGUCUCGCCUUCCAGGAGUUCAUGAUCGUCCCCUCCGCCGCUCCUACCUUCUCCGAGGCCCUCCGUCAGGGUGCUGAGGUGUACCAGAUCCUCAAGAGCCUCGCCAAGAAGAAGUACGGCCAGUCCGCUGGUAACGUCGGUGACGAGGGUGGUGUCGCUCCCGAUAUCCAGAACCCCGAGGAGGCCCUCGACCUUAUCACCGAGGCCAUUGAGAAGGCCGGCUACACUGGCCAGGUUAAGAUCGCCAUGGAUGUCGCUUCCAGCGAGUUCUACAAGGAGGACGUCAAGAAGUACGACCUCGACUUCAAGAACCCCGAGUCCGACCCCUCCAAGUGGCUCACCUACGAGGAGCUCGCCAACCUCUACUCCGAGCUUUGCAAGAAGUACCCCAUCGUCUCCAUCGAGGACCCCUUCGCUGAGGAUGACUGGGAGGCCUGGAGCUACUUCUACAAGACCCAGGACAUCCAGAUCGUUGCUGAUGACUUGACCGUCACCAACCCCCUCCGCAUCAAGAAGGCCAUUGAGCUCAAGGCCGCCAACGCCCUCCUCCUCAAGGUCAACCAGAUCGGUACCCUUACCGAGUCCAUCCAAGCUGCCAAGGACUCCUACGCCGAUGGCUGGGGUGUCAUGGUCUCUCACCGCUCUGGUGAGACCGAGGAUGUCACCAUUGCCGACAUUGUCGUUGGUAUCCGCUCUGGCCAGAUCAAGACUGGUGCUCCUGCCCGUUCCGAGCGUCUUGCCAAGCUCAACCAGAUCCUCCGCAUCGAGGAGGAGCUUGCCGACAACGCCAUCUUUGCCGGCGAGAAGUUCCGCAAGGCUGUUGAGCUCUAAGUGGUUUCAUGCUGAUGGAGACCCGUUCGGAUGGAAUCGGGACCUGGGAAGGUUUCUAGGGGUGACCGGUUGACCGACAUGUGUUACCUCGGAUGACCAAAGGACACGGGUAUGGCUAAUGAAAAUGGCGGAAUGACAUAGAGUUUUAAUGAUCAAUACCAAGUUUCUUUUACCCCAU